AGUAGUCACGCUCGGCGAGCCUGAGGCUCAGGCUCGAGUGUCGCGCGCCGGCGAUCCACCGGUCUCCGGACUACAAGGCGCGAAUUUAUAACACGAGGUACUGCCGAUCAUCUCCAGGGAAAGAAUCCAACGCGCGGUUGGAAUCAAUGGGGCGAGCGUUAUCGUUAACAACGAUCGCAAUCGGUUAACGCUGAGUGUGUGACAGCCGAUCGCUCGUGCUCGGUUUCGAACGCGACGCGACGAUCCGAGCCGAUUAAAACCUAACUGCUAUGUAGUUUCAGCUGCGUCAGGCUUCCGUCCGCACAUAUAUACGUAUAUAUACGUAUAAUAUAAUAUAACGCGAACGGAAAAAGCGAAUCGCGUUAAUCGGAAGUGAGAGACGUCAGUGUAUCGGAAGUAAAUCGAGGGGAGAUUCUCUCCGUUGGAAACUGAGCGCCGGUGAAUCGCGAGUGGGCCAGCGCGAAACGCGGUGCGGGAAAGGAAGACGGCAGGCAUUAGUGCAUGGACGUUCCAGUCAGGACCAAGUGGAACUGAACGAGGAAACGCAUCACGGGAAGAGAAACGAAGUGCAUCCAGAGAGGAGAGAAGACGGGACGACACGCGGAAUUCGCGUGCGCGGUGUUAUCCACGCGCGAGCGGAAGGAGAGGAAUUGUUUUCUGCUGCGGGUUGCUCUAUUUUAAAUACAGAGGAACGAUUGCUGUCGGAUAGAUCGGAAUGGCCGGAGCCUCUCCGCUCCUCGGUAGCUCCUCGUGGGACGCUGCGACCGGAGUGGAACACGCAGAUCGUUGCAAGGAAGGUCGCAGAGGAAUGUGGCAGCUCAUAUUCUUGUUACUCGGCACCGCGAUGGCCGGCGAAUCUGGCCCAGAAUCGCCAUCGGAUUUCGUUGAAACACCGAUUGAAAUCGAGGCGCCGUUACCUUACGAGGAGGCAUUUCCGACGCCACUUCCUGGUAUGCUGUAUCCCAGAGAAAGCGAAUCCCGAGAGAUAAGAUCUCUCGACGGAUUAUGGGACUUUCUCGUGUCGCCCGAGGGAGAUGCGUUAAAGGGUUACAGAGAAGCAUGGUUCGCCGAUGACUUAUUAAAGGUGAACGAGAUAAUCAAGAUGCCGGUGCCCUCGUCUUACAACGACGUCACGACGUCGCGAGCCCUCAGGGACCACGUCGGCGCCGUGUGGUACCAGAGGACCUUCUUCGUGCCUUUUUCUUGGCGGAAUCAACGGGUAUUCGUCAGGUUCGGCUCGGUCAACUAUCUCGCCCAAGUGUGGCUGAACGGCGCCCUGGUGACUAACCACGAGAUGGGCCACCUACCAUUCGAGGCAGAAAUCUCAUCGUACGUGAAUUUCGGUAGCAAAAAUCGCAUCACCGUUGCUGUGGAUAACACAUUGCUACAGACCAGUGUGCCUCAAGGAAAAAUCGUCGAAGCGGUCACUGACAACGGCACCGUCCACUUGCAGACCUACACCUUCGACUUCUUCAACUACGCCGGUAUACACAGGUCCAUUUUAUUAUACACCACGCCGCGUGUUUACGUCGAAGACAUUACGGUAAGGACCAGCUUGAUCGGUGACAUGGGAAUUGUCAAAUACAUCAUACAACCAGCCGGCUUGCGCGAAGGCGAGGUACCAGUCUGCAGAGUUACCUUACAUAAUGCCGAGCACACUUUGGCCAUCAAAGAACCCGUCUACGGCCUGUCCGGCACCCUGAAGGUUCCCCUCGCCAGGCUCUGGUGGCCGAGAGGCAUGGAUCCCAAACCAGGGUACUUGUACACUCUGGAGGUGAGACUAUGGGUGGCAAACGUCACCGAGCCGGAUAUCUACCGACUGCCAAUCGGCAUCAGGACCUUGGCAUGGACCAACACGAGCCUCUUACUAAACGACCGACCGGUGUAUAUGCGCGGUUUCGGCAGACACGAGGACUCGAUCAUCAGGGGACGUGGCUUCGACCUCGUCACCGCAGUGAGGGAUCACGAGCUGCUGCAGUGGGUCGGCGCGAAUGCCUACAGGACCAGCCACUACCCUUACAGUGACGAAGUGCUCGAUAUGGCUGAUAGAUUGGGCUUUCUCGUGAUUGACGAGUGUCCCUCCGUCGACACGGAGAACUUCUCACCGUCCUUGCUCUCGCGUCACAAGGAUUCGCUCUCGGAGCUGAUCCGCAGAGACAAGAACCGACCGUCUGUGAUCAUGUGGUCGCUGGCUAACGAGCCGAGAACCCAACUACCUCAGGCUGAAGAAUAUUUCAAGCAGAUCGCACAUCAUGCUAAGGCUAUCGAUCCCACCAGGCCGGUCACCAUUGCUCUCGCUCGUGGAGUGCAGGAAGACAAGGCUGCUCAGUUCCUCGAUGUGAUCAGCUUCAAUCGUUACAACGCCUGGUACAGCAACUCUGGCAGAAUGGACAUGAUCAUCGACAGGGUUCUAGGGGAAGCAGAGGCCUGGCAUAGAAAAUACAACAAGCCAGUACUCAUGUCCGAGUACGGGGCCGACACCAUGCCUGGCCUGCACGAGCUACCGGAAUACGUAUGGAGCGAGGAGUAUCAAGAGGAAUUAUUCUCCAAACACUUCGAGGCCUUCGAUCGAUUGCGGCAAGAAGGCUUCUUCAUUGGCGAAUUUAUUUGGAAUUUUGCUGACUUUCGCACCGCGCAAACGUAUACCAGAGUGGGUGGAAACAAGAAAGGAAUUUUCACAAGGGAGAGGCAACCAAAAAUGGCAGCUCAUCACGUUAGGAGAAGAUAUCAUGCUCUCGCAGCCGAACUGGAUGGCGUGCAGCCACCAGAGGAUGUUGAGAACUACAUUUCGUCCUACUAUACUCAACAUGUGGAACUUUGAUAAGAAUAAUAAGAAAAGAUUCACGAGCGCAAAACUCGUUUUGCUAAUAAUAUCCUCUCAUGAUUGUCUCUUGGCAAUGUAAAGUCACGUUUUGCGUGUCUUGUACAUCGGUACGCAAAAAUUUGCACUAAUAACUUAAGGUAGAAUUUAUCCACCAUAUUUUGUAAUUCAUAAUUCAUCAUAUUGAGCGAGUCAACUAAUUGUGGCGAUUUUUCAUUUAAAAAAAAGGCCAUUUUAUGUUACGUAAUACAUGAUAUAGCACAUGAUUUACAAUAAAUUUUUAUAUUUUGUAAGAUAAAAAUAAAAUACAUGAAAUAUA